GAGUGUGCACCCUGCUGCCUGUGAGUGAGCUCGCCCGUGUGAUCAGCCCGGCUGCCAGACUCGGCGGUCACGGGGAGGGACUGGGACUGCAGACAUGGCUGCCGGCAGCAGUGUGGCCCAGAAAACCUGGGACAUGUCUAACAACAUGCAGGAGGUGCAGAGCAUCGACGAGAUCUACAAAUAUGACAAGAAACAGCAGCAGGAGAUCCUGGCAGCCAAACCCUGGACCAAAGAGUAAGAAUGGGGUCAGGGGGCUGAAUGUAUGGGCUGGAAACUGUAAUGGGCCACCAGGGCCUGAGCCUGUAUGUAUGUAUGGGGAAUAGGGAACUACCCAGGGGGAGGGGAAUGGGGUACCACCCAGGGGGAGGGGAAUGGGGUACCACCCAGGGGGAGGGGAAUGGGGUACCACCCAGGGGGAGGGGAAUAGGGUACCACCCAGGGGGAGGGAUGGAUAGAUAGUGGUAGGGGAAUAGGGUACCACCCAGGGGGAGGGAUGGAUAGAUAGUAGUAGGGGAAUAGGGUACCACCCAGGGGGAGGGAUGGAUAGACAGUGGUAGGGGAUUAGGGUACCACCCAGGGGGAGGGAUGGAUAGACAGAAGUAGGGGAAUAGGGUGCUACCUAGGGUGAGGGAUGGGUAGACAGUAGUAGGGGAUUAGGGUACUACCCAGGGUGAGGGAGGGAUAGACAGUAGUAGGGGGUAGGGUGCUAAUAAGGGUGAGGAGCUGUAAUCUGCUUUCAGGGCAGGGCUCUGGGUAGACAGGGAUCAGGUUGCUGAGAUUGGCUAUUUGGAGUAUGAUCUGCAAAUACAGUGGUUUAGAAGCUGUAAUUAACUAUAAGGGCAGAGAUCCCGAUAGAGUAGGAUGCUGGAACCAGCUGUUAAAGGCAAUGAAUCUAUUUCCCAGGGGUAGGCAGCCUUCUGCACUCCAUAUGUUGUGGACUAACACUUGCCCCAAACACUAACCGGCCUUAAUGGAACUUCUGUCCGCUAACAGAGUUACGAUGAAUGCUAAUGUCUCUAUUGUUAAGAGAGCACACACGGUGUGCGAGAGGGUUUACGGGGCCUUAAUGCUGACCCACCACAUAUAAUGCCCAACGUUCAUGUUUUAACUGUUUGCAUUGUAUUCUUUAAUAAUGUUUAGCUCUCCUGAUGCGGGUCUGUUCGGGUGGACGGGGAAUUGGUGGCGGUAAACUUAUGCCGUAUGUUGCAAUGCUGUGUAUGGGAAACCAUGCAGGUACAAUUAAAAUCACAAUCAUGCUGCAUUCCAAAGAGAAAAUUGGCAUGCCCCACUAGCUAGAAGGAACACACUCACUACAAUGCCCUGACUUGUGACUAAAAUCCUCACAACACAACGUGCACACACCCUCCCCGCCACCACAUGGUCGCCUGUGACAAAUACUAGAACGGGAGACUGCUGUCCCAGAGUAAAAGAGGCCACAAUGUUGGUUUAGUUUCUUGUAAACCAAAUGAAACCUAAAAGAAUUCUUUAGGUCACAAGAGGUUUGGUUCUGUCUAUGACUGACACUUUAUGCAGUCUCACCUCCCAACGUUCCACCCCACAUGAGCAAAGAAGCUCUUAAAGCCACACAAUGGUAGAUGUAUUACAACGCCCUACUCCUCCAAUGUGGGCUUCCCAUAUCUGAGUCUACACCAGGACUACGUUGUAUGUGUUUGUUAACCCCCACAUCCCUAAACCCAAUGUCUCCUCUCCUCAAGGUGCUGAACCUCACGAGUCUCCAACAUUAAAGCCAACCCAGAUACAUAGGGGGGAGACCCCACUCCCCGCAGUCGCUGGGAUGUCUGAUACUACAAGGCUCUACACACAGUCCUCUCAGGAAAUGGAUACUUAAAAGGUCACACAAGCCAAGCAUGUUCCCUGGCAAAUAAAUAGGUACCAAACUUUCAACAAACCCCACCAACUAUGCGCAUUGACUCCCAUCAUGUCAGGGGCCUGAACACACCCCACAAACAAUGUGUUCUAUUAGAGGAAGCUCAAAGCAGAUAUUGUGUGCAUCCAGGAAACCCAUUUUCCUGAAAAAUAAAAUCCCCACAUUUGGCAAACGUGAAUACCCGAUUCAGUACCACGCCACGCACACUUCGAAGACUAGUCUUGUUCCUAUUCCACUCCUCCAUCUCCUUUGAACUAUUCCAAAUCAAACAAGAUAGUCAAGGCCUCUACAUCAUCGUGCACUGUAAACUAAAUGAAACCAUACACACCCUGGUGGGACCUAACUUACACCAACGGAACUUCCUUCACAAAGUUCUAUCCAAACUGCCCUCACUACAGACUAAUUCCCUUAUUAUCUGUGGAGACCUCAAUCAGGACUUCAACACAACCAUAGACACUACACCAGCACUUACCGUGGAAUUUGGCUUAUGACAUCUGGCGCACACUCCACUCGAACGACAGGAACUAUUCCUUUUAUUCACAAGUACACAAUACACACUCCCGCAUAGACGCUAUCCUAACACCUGGCAAAUUGUUACCACACAUACAAACAUGCACUAUGGUAGACAUCUUGUGGUCUGACCAUAGCCCAAUAAUCAUGGAUCUGCAGGAUGCCUUCAACUUUAGAGUCAAAACCCCAUGGCGCCUAAACGACUCUCUCCUACAAAAUGAACAAUUCCGCACUAAACUACUAGGCCAGGUGCAAGAAUAUUUAAAACUCCAUGAGUCCGAAGUAGACCCACCCACGUUAUGGCAGGACCACAAAGCUGUCACAAGAGGCUUGAUCAUCAGCCACACAUCCUACAUACAACGGACCCACAAAGUGAGUAUCUCACUUUAUUUAAGAAACUUCAAGAUGAUACAAAUGCCCUCCUAACCCAACCAUCCAAGGCCCUCCAGGAGGCCAUAGACUCCGCCACAGAUCAAUUAAAUACUUAUAGCCAAAACGAUAACCACACUAAAUAAACUGAGACAAAGAACAUCAAGGCGGGCAAGUGGCUGGCCUCUACGUUACGCCAGAAACAAGCCCAGUCAAAAAUUCCAUAUCUAAUAUCGCAGACGGGGACAAAAACCUGAAUCCCCAAGAUAUUAACAACACAAUGGCCCAAUACUACCAUACACUCUACAACAGGGGUCCUCAAACUCCGGUCCCCCAGAUGUUGCUGAACUACAACUCCCAUGAUUCUCUGGCUAUCUAUGUAAUUCAAAGAAUCAUGGGAGUUGUGGUUCAGCAACCACUGGGGGGCCGGAGUUUGAGGACCCCUGCUCUACAACCUACUCGAAGACCCUAACACCCACCAACCCACAAAGUCUGAAAUAGAAGAAUUCCUGAGCCACAUGACAUUACCAACUCUGACACCGGCACAAAAAACUGAACUCCAAGCCCCCAUCCCAGUACAAGAAAUUAUUAAUCAUACGCUCAUUGCCUGCUCUCUAACCUCUAUUAUAAAACAUAUGCAAACCAAUUGGCACCCCAUCUAAAAUGCUCAUUUACCCAUAUUGUAGACACGGGCCCAAAUUGAAGCGGCAUACAUAGAUGGGUUGGGACUCUCUUCUCUGGCACGGAUACCCACCACCCUACGCAAAAACACAUACAGACUCUUACCCAUGACAGACAUUACUCAAAAAAUCUAGUGGUUUAUCUAGUGGUCUUGUAAGUUCCACAACAUGCAACAGGGGAGACCCAAUAUCCCCAGCCUUACCAAUCGAAGCCUUCUCAGCGCUCAUCCUCGAUUUUUAACCACAGGCCAUGGCAGAUGGCAGGGAUUAGCAAUCUCAACCAAAUCAGACUCACAAACACUCAUGCCAUUUGACACCCUGCAACAAAAAUACAACCUCACAAAUCAGGUAAAUUUCCCCUAACUCCAAAUAAAAUCAUGGAUGGGAAAACACUGCUCUCCCAAACAAGUGAGUGUAAAUCGACAAGAGCUGACGGAGGUGGAAAGCAUUAUCCUAAAUAAGAAACCGCCUACUAAACGUCUCUCCCGGUUUUAUGCUAUAAUCCGGGACCAACAUAAACAGUCUAAACCUGCCUUCAUCAUGGAGUGGGAGAAGGAACAUACAAGACAACUAGAUAAAUCACACUGGGCGCAUAUAUUCCAAGCCCAUAGGAAAAUGACACUAUGCAUACAACACAUAGAAACCACAAUAAAGGUACUUUACAGAUGGUACAUGGUCCCAGCAUGCUUGCACCACACCGACAAAACAAAAUCGGCAUUAUGCUGGAGAUGCCACACAGACAUAGGCACAAUGGUACGCACGUUUCGGUCCUGCAAUGCCCUGCACUCCUACUGGAGCCAUGUCGCCAAUCUAAUCUAUGCAUGCACCAAGGCCACAUUGCUGCUGAGACCAGAGACCUUCCUGUUGCUUCUCCUGCCGCCAAGGCUGCCCAAAAGCACACAAUACCUUACAUACCCUAUCAUUAUCGUAGCCCCAAUGGCCAUCGGCAAAUCAUGGUUGUCUAACCGAGCCCCUCCCCUUAGCCUGUUACACCAGGCAAUCAACACCACAAAAUUCUAUGAAUGCCGCUCAAGAGGCAGCGGACAAAACAAGGCCUAUUGGCACAGAGCCUGGGCGCUGUGGGACACAUUCAUAAAUGAUGACCUACAGUGCCUAUGUGACCAGGCAAACCCGUGCCCGGACAGCCCUAACUUCAGCGAUUUAUGUACUAAUCUGAAAUAUGCACGGAUUUGAUUUAUGUACUUUUCUAAAUUGUAUGUCUUCGGGUAUGAGGCCCACCUGGCCACCCGUACUUAAUGUUCCUGCCGCCAGUUAAUCCAUGUUGUACCUAAAAGAUACACCCAUAUGGAACAUAUGGACCUACGGGACACCAUGGAGACCCUCAGAUGCCUCGCAAAGCAACAAGCGAGCCUUUACGCACCAUCACCUAGUUCCCUCCCAACCCCUUGUUACAAAUAAUGUGUAUCAUUGAAUGUUACUUUUUACAAAAUAAGCAUGGCUGUAACCAAUCAGCCUGUUUCCUUAACCCAUUAAGGACACAUGACAUGUGUGACGUGUCAUGAUUCCCUUUUAUUCCAGAAGGUUGGUCCUUAAGGGGUUAAAGGGACACUAUAGUCACCAAAACAAAUUUAGCUUAAUAAAACAGUUUUGGUGUGUAGAUCAUGCCCCUACAGUCACAAUGCUCAAUUAUCUGCCAUUUAGGAGUUAAAUCACUUCGUUUAGUAGCCCUAGUCACACCGCCCUGCAUGUGACUUUCAGAGCCUUCCUAAACACAUCCUGUAUAGUGAACUCUGAAGUUUAUCCUUCCUUUAUUGCAAGUUCUAUUUAAUUUAGAUUGUCUUAACUCCUGCUAUAAUAAUAGCUUGCUAGACCCUGCAAGAGUCUCUUGUAUGUGAUCAAAGUUCAAUUUACAGAGCAAGAGAUAAAUUGUUUAAAGGACCACUAUAGGCACCCAGACCACUUCAGCUUAAUGGUCCAGCUAGGUUUAACCCUUUUUUUCUAUCAACAUAACAGUUUCAGAGAAACUGCUAUGUUUAUAUUUGUCACGGUUCUCACCGCAGCAGACAGACGGCUAGACGUGGUCGCCCAAGGAGUUCCCAACAAUGGAUUUGAACCAGGGAACUUUGCAGUCCUGGUCCUGCUUCCUACCUCUGAGCAGCAGCAGCUUUUGUAUUCCACAAGUCAUUCCGGUCCUGUUCAUCCUGGCAUGUCUAUUACUCUGGGGGCUUUACCUUGAAUUUGGCUGUGCUUCACCUGACCCUGAUCAGACAUUAGCAGGGUAUUUAAACUCAGCCUCGCCCUGUGAUCAGAUCAAGUCUUUGAUCCUGUUGUGUGCUUUGUACCAGUGUUCCUGUCGUUUGAUCUGCUACUUGUUAUUGACCCCGGCUUCUGACUACGUUUACUCUGACCUCUGGCAUCCCUUGACUUCGGCUACUUCUCGUUGUUCCUGUCCUCUGGCAUCCUUUGACCUCGGCUAUCCCUUGACGAUCCUGUUUGAGCCCUUGCCUGUCCUGUGACUUGGUACUUCAUCCUGCACAGCCCCCGUGCACAGACCCACAGGCCGGGUGAAUUCUUACCUGACCAACUUGGCCUGUGGCUAUCUGCAAGGGUGAGCAACAUAUCUGCGCUACAGACUCCCAACCCAGGUAAGACUCUGACAAUAUUAGGGUUAAUCCAGCCUCUAGUGGCUGUCUCGUUGACAGCCGCUAGAGGCGCUUCCGCGCUUCUCACUGUGGAAAUCAGCGAGAAGACGCCAGCGUCCAUAGGAAAGCAUUGUGAAUGCUUUCCUAUGAGACUGGCUGAAUGUGCGGCAAGAGCCGCGCGCACAUGUGCAUUCAGCAGAGGAGGAGGAGAGCUCACCGCCCGGCGCUGGAGAAAGAGGUAAGUUUAACCCCUUCCACUCUCUAGAGCCCGGCGGGAGGGGGGCCCUGAGGGUGGGGGCACCCUCAGGGCACUAUAGUGCAAGGAAAACGAGUAUGUUUUCCUGGCACUAUAGUGGUCCUUUAAGGUAAAUUACAUCUGAUUUGAAAGUGAAACCAUAUUUUUCAUGCAGGCUGUGUCAGUCAGAGCCAGGGGAGGUGUGGCAAGGGCUGCGUAAACAGAAACAAAGUGAUUUAACUCCUAAAUGGCAGUGAAUUGAGCAGUGAAACCCGAAAGGCAUGAUCUAUACACUAAAAUUGUUUCAUUAAGCUAAAGUUGUUUAGGUAACUAUAGUGUUCCUUUUAAGUGUCCUGCGAAACACGCAAGUCAUUGUUAUGUAUUUGCUGUGCGACUGAAAAUAAACAAAAACUUUUUUUUUUUAAAACAAUAUGGGCAUUGCGAAUGUAAUGCAAAAAUAAAACAAACAACCCACAUAAGCACUAUGACGCAGUAUAUUUGUACACCUUUGCCAUAAAUGUAAACCCAAUGUGUUUGGAUGAACUCUUCUUGGAAACUCCUUUUCUGGAUUUCAUGUGUAACCGUGAUGCACAGUUUGUACAAUUUAUAAAUAAAACUUUAAGUACUUAAAAUUUAAAGGGACACUCCAUGCACCCAGACCACUUCUGCCCAUUGGAGUGAUCUGCAUGCCAACUUCCACCACCCUUAACCCUGCAACUGUAAUUAUUGCAGUUUUUAUAAACUGCAAUAAUUACCUUGCAGGGUUAAGUCCUCCUCUAGUGGCUGUCUAUCAGACAGCCACUAGAGGGACUUCCGUGUUUUUAGAAUACGAAAAGUGUUUUAAACUACACUGAACGUCCUCACGCUAUGCAUGCGUCGCCGGAAUCCCCAUAGGAGGUUUAAUGCACGCCGCCAUUGCCCCGCAUGCGCAUUAGGUCUCCUCCGCCAGCUGACGUCAGGGAGAAGGGACAGCACGGGCAGAGCCUGACUCAGCCCCGAGGGACAUCGGCGCUGGAUUCAGGUAAGUCACUGAAUGAGUUCUAUCCCCUUCAGAACAUGGGAUAUGUUUUCUUGGCACUGGAGAGUCCCAUUAAAAAUGACUAUAAUUAUAUUUUAGGUUUAAAGAAUAUGUUUGUCCAUAAAUAGAAUGAUUGUGUUUAAAAAAAAAAAAAAUGUAUGUAGGCCCAUGUGUGUAUUUUUGCAGUGUCACAUAUACACAGUAUCAGUCAGACAUACAGUCAGAUGCACACAGUUAGAAACAUAUACUGUCAAAUAUAACCACAUGCACAUAGUUCCAGGCGCAUAGCCACUCGCAUGCAUACAGCCACAUACAGUCACUGGCAGUCUCACUCGCACACACACAUCGUAACAGGCAGACAGGUCUAUACACAGUCAGUCAUACACACAAUUACAGGUUGUAACACACACAACCAAAGGCAGACAGUCUCACACACAGUCAUAGACAGACUGUCAUACGCACACAGGUACAGGCAGUCACACACAAAAUUACAGGCAGACAGUUACAUAAACCGUCCCAGGCAGACAGACACACACAGUUACAGGCAGACAGACACACAGUUACAGGCAGACAGACACACAGUUACAGGCAGACAGUUACAGGCACAGUUACAGACAGACUGCCAUAUGGACACAGUUACAGACAGUCACACGCACACAUUUACAGAUGCAGUUACAUUCACAGGCAGUCAGUCAUACACACACAUCCACCAGCAGAGGAGAUGGCCGCGCUCGCGUUAGAAUUUCCCCAUUCUAAUGAUGCUGGAGAGGCAGGAUGUUCUUAUGCAUAGCGUGAGGUCUUCCAGCAUCAGUUAGGCAACCAAAAGUCGCCUAACAACCCAGAAGCCCUCUAGUGGCUAUAUGGUAGACGGCUAGUAGAGAUGGAGUUAACCCAUAAAUGUAAUUAUUGCAGUUAAUUAAUAACAGCAAUCAUUACCUUUGCUGGGCUAAGGGACCUGCGAAUAGGCAUGCCCGACUCCCUUUAAUGAACUGAAGUCGUGCCUAUAGUGUCCCUUUAAUGCAUACGCCUUGUAACGAAGGCAUACUUUUAGGCUAAAACAUUCACUAAAAAGUUUCAUAAUUUCUGUAGAUUUUUCCUGUUGUCCAUGGGUCUACUAGAUUUUUAUUCUCUAGACUUGACAUGAACACAGUCUGCAUUUUCCUAUGCUACUAUAAACUUUAUAAAUGUUACUUUCAUUGUCAUAUUAGAUAAUAUAUGGCCACGAGUUCCUAUUCUGGCCUAUAUGAUCCUGGCUACAGCACGUAAAUGUAUAUUAUACCAUUGGAUCGGUACCUUCCCUCCGCCACUGUCACUUCUCCACUCAAAAAUAUCCUACCUAUUUUAAAAUAUCGGAUUGAAACUUCACUAAACAAAAGCACUUUGACAAAAAAAGUUUUUUUUUUUUUGUUUUUUGUUUUUUUUCACCUGGCAACUCUACGUUAACUCUGUAGAUCUAGCAAUCAAGUCCAAAAUUAAAGCUGCUUUUGAAUUCAUGGAUUGGUACCUUACUUGAGUGAUUGCAGAUCAACCCCCCCCGUAGUAUAACAAAUUAAUCAUCUUAACCCACCCCACCCGAUACUAUUUUAAAUUUAACUUUUUAAUGGUAUAAAUCCGAAUAUUGCGUGUACUUUGCCUUUCAUGUAUGACAUAUGAAAGAGAGCACUUAGUUCCUUUUUGUUAUAAUUAAAUGUUAUGUUUUAUUUUUAAAAUAUUGUGUAAAUUACAAAAGUCAUUAUCUUACGUAUUAUGGAAUGAUAACAUGUUUGAUGUGUACCCUAGUGACUGAUAACAUGAGAAGAGUCUAAACUAAAACACAAUAUAUGACCAAGAUGGAUUUUAAUAUUCUCAGACUGGAAGUACCUGACUCGCUUGUUUGUUUUUCUCAGCCACCAUUACUUCAAGUAUUGCAAGGUAUCUGCCCUGGCACUGCUGAAGAUGGUCAUGCAUGCACGCUCAGGAGGCAAUCUGGAGGUGAUGGGCCUAAUGCUGGGGAAAGUGGAUGGUGAAACCAUGAUCAUUAUGGAUAGUUUUGCUUUACCAGUUGAAGGAACUGAAACUAGAGUCAAUGCCCAAGCUGCUGCCUAUGAAUAUAUGGCGGCAUACAUAGAAAAUGCAAAGCAGGUAUGUUAUGGCUUGUUGCAAUAUGAGUAUACAUGGGUUUUAUCAACUAUUUCAGUUUAUAAAUGCAAUAAAAAGUGAGAAUUGUUUGACCAACGAAAUCUCAGAUUUCCCAACAAAAUUACCUGAACGGAAACUAUAUGUGUGAGUUUCUACUAACAAAUUAAAUUCCUAAAAUAUCCAACAUUUCCACUUUAUCAAAUAACUUUAUCAUAAACCGACCAAGCAGUUAACUUUUCAUAGUUAUAUUUAGUUGUGUAUCUGUCUUGACUUUUCUGAAUGGGAUACUCCAAGCACAUCUAGUGGUCAUGGUUCCUAAAGUAUAUCAAUGUCUGUGGUGACCAUCACAACCUAUUAAACAGUAAAGUGCAAAUGUUAUGUGCAGAAAUUGAGUAUCAAAUCAAUGAAACUUCCGUUAGGCAGUAAAUCCACCCCAAAGAUUUCCUCUAAUCGUCAACCGUAGAUACAAAACAAAAAGGUAGGGGUGAUUCUGCUAGAGGAAACGGGAAAGGCACAUCAUAGUGUUUAACUGUAUACAAAACUAUAUAAAUAAUGGUUUAAAUGCCAUCUCCAAGCCUUCGGAUAAUCUAUAAAGAGAUCACUUUUGCUUCAGAACCUUGACCGUUUCAAGACCAUUUGAAAGUAAGAGUGCAAAUUUUAAAUAAUGUGCAUAUCAAUUUUAUUCGCUGACGUAAUUUUAAAACCGCAGAUGUGGCAGUCAAAAGCAUGAAUCUGUUGUCAGUUCUCCAGUCCUACGCGUUUCGUCCCUCCAGGGAUUUCCUCAGGAACACUGACUGCUCUUGCGCAAAUUACCAAUAGAGAAAAAUCAAAUACAGCCAAAUCUUCCCUCCCCUCUCCCAUUUAAAAUCCCUUAAUUGAAGGACUCAUUGGACAAUUAUGUGAUUUUUUUUUUUUUGAUUUUUUUUUAAAGGGAGAGGGGAGGGGAGCAACAGCAAAUUCUGUAGCGCUGUAAAAUGGGAUUUAUGUUCUUUUGUUCUCCUGUCCAGGUUAUUUUAAAAUUGUCGUAUCACGCCAUGAGAUUUUAAAUUUAGAUCUGAUGGGAAUAAAAUGGUAAAGGUAUAAAAAUAACAUGGUUCUAACAGCAGAGGGCAGCAGAUAAUUUGUGAAUAUAUUUCUAUCCCUUAGGUUGGAAGGCUUGAGAAUGCAAUUGGCUGGUACCACAGUCAUCCUGGUUAUGGAUGCUGGCUUUCAGGAAUAGAUGUCAGCACUCAGAUGCUUAAUCAGCAAUUUCAGGAACCCUUUGUAGCAGUUGUGGUGAGUAGUGUGUGUGUGUGUGUGUGUGUGUGUAUGUAUGUAUUAUGUGACGGCAGAUAAGAACCAUUCGGUCCAUCUUGUCUGCCCAAUUUUCUAAAUACUUUCAUUAGUCCCUGGCCUUAUUUUAUAACUAGCAUAGCCUUAUGCCUAUCCCACGCAUGCUUAAACUCCUUCACUGUGUUAACCUCUACCACUUCAGCUGGAAGGCUAUUCCGUGUGUGUGUGUAUAUUAUUUUUGUUUCAUAUAAAUGAUCUUGUGUGUUUAAUUCUUCAGAGUUAUUGUUUGAAAUCCAACCUUACCCAGCAUUCUCUUCUUUAGAUUGACCCAACCAGGACAAUAUCUGCUGGAAAGGUUAAUCUAGGUGCAUUCAGGACAUAUCCAAAGGUAAAUAUUUGCUUUUCUAAUUAUCAGGGUCAUGGUAUACAAUUCCCAAUACAAAGUAAAAUACAUGUUGCAAACCAGCUAUACUGGAGGCAAAAGUGUGUUCUGUCAGUUACUAGCUGUGUGUGAGUGUGCACACAAUGAUAUAGGUUGUAAAAGUGAUUGUUUGUUUUUUGUAUUAGAUGAUAGAUUUAGAAUUCUUCUCCAGCCUAUAACAUUCUUUGCUUAGACAUGUGCACCAGUGAAAUUUUCGUUUCGUACGAAUCAAAAUAUUUCGUAAUAAAAAUGUAAUUAAUCAAUUACAAACUUAGUCCGUAAACCAUUCGUUUUUCGGACGAAAUUCGUUAAAAAAUAAUUUGUUUUCGUCCACUGUGACUGCCAUAUUAAUAAAAGGGAGGUUAAAUCCUACCGCAUGACCCUAUUCGCGCCAUGUCGCCUAAACAAUAAUUUCAACUGAAUAUAAAUCCGUAUGGGGGUCUAUGACCCCCAUAUUAAUAAGAGAGGUUAAAUCCUCUCGUAUGCCCCUACUCGUGGCAUGCUGCAAGUAGGGGCAUGUUGCCUAAACAGCGAGCAGCCACUGGCUAUUUAAAACUACUAGUGACUGGGCUGCUAUACCCCCUGUUCCCCCAUGGUGGGGAGCCGUCAUAACUAAAAUGGGGGUCAGUCUCUUCAUUUAUCUGUCAGAGCACUCUGAUUGGUUAGCUUGGAAUCAACCAAUUAGAGAGUGCUCUAAGUCAAAUUGCAGAGCAUGGGAAGGUUUUUUUUUUAUUUUUUUUUCGGCUUCUUUUGUCCCCCCCAUUAUUUAUUUACUUAGACAUUAGAUUUAUUUAGGGUCCCCACCCACGCGCUCAUGGGCGGGUACCAGUGGGACAUUAGGUUCCCCCCUUUAAUUAGGUUCCCCCCUUUGAUGAAUAUGGGUCCCCACCCGCCACUCAUGGGGUUCCCCCAUUACAUAGGAUGUGAUGGCAGAUAAGAACCAUUCGGCUCAUCUAGUCUGCCCAUUAUUAUUUAUUUAGGGUCCCCACCCACCGCUCAUGGGUGGGGACCAGGGGGGACAUCAGUCCCCCCUUUAAUUAGGGUCCCCACCCGCCGCUCAUGGAUGGGGACCUGGGGAGGGGCAUUAGUUUCCCCCUAUUAUUUAAUCAUUUAAGGUCCCCCUACAAUCUAUGCAUUUAAUGCAGACACAGAUUAGUAUACUAUGGCAAUACAAUUGUGAAACAGUGUUGUGACGGACCGCCUGGCACCCCAACCAGGUACCUCCGUCAAUCGCUGCUUCCUAGCACUUGCGAGUACCAUAAGCACUGCACUGGAACACCAUAACCACCGUAAACCCCACGAACCGCCGCAGCUUGGUUGGAGUCUCGCCGUCCUCUACCCACCCUGGACCCAAAACCAGGAUCCAGCUUCCAGUGGGUAGGCCUCUCCUAGUCCAGAGAGUGUAGCAGGAACAGCUCUUAUAAGAGCUAGUGAUUAUACUCAAUGGAGUAUUGUGAUAUAGCAAUCCCCAGAGUGUAUGUAGUUCUCCAAUCCCCCAAACAUGAGCCAAGACUUCAUGAAGGGGUAAAGCAUUCUGUUUAAUGGCAGCCACCACUAGCUUUAUAUGCAAGUCCCCAUGCAAGGGGCACUCCCACUGGACCUUGUGGGGAACUGCAGCACCAAGUCACACUCCCAUAUACAUACUUUUUAUUUUUUAAAUACCCCAAAAGUACACUAAAAAUACAUAAAACCCCACAAAUGUUACAUCCCCUGAUCUGGGUGACCAGCGUAUCCAAAAAUCACCCAGAUCAGUUCAGGGGUUCAGGAAAUUCCUGGAAGUCUUAUUUUUGAUCCACCGUGCACAUGGUCCCAUGCCCAAAACCGUUCCAGAGAAUUAGGGCUAAUGGUCGGUCUCUCUGUCUGGAGUACUAAAGUACAUACUUCACAUGAACUGAGCCUUUUAAAAUGCAUUGGGCAAUGUAUAUUAUAGGGCCCAUAGUCCUGAAGCAAGAGGCUGGCCAGCAAAGCCAGUGACGAUGUUACUUUCGUCACAAGUCUAUUUAUACAAAAUGCACAAUUAAUUGCAACAGUUAGAUAAUGUAGCAAAAAUAAGGCUCUGAGGUCCUAUAGGAUUAUUAUUAUUAUUUUUGAUACCUAUUUUUGCUACAUUAUCUAACUGUUGCAAUUUAUUGUGCAUUUUGUAUAAAUAUACUGUUACACUAUUGCAUUGCCAUAGUGUUCUAAUCUGUGUAUUUAUCCUCCCUUUUAUUAAUAUGGGGGUCAUAGUCACCCCAAUAGGUUUUAAUGGGGGGUAGAAAUUAAUAUUUAUUACAAGGAGGUUGCUGGUAGCGCUGCUGGCUCCCUGUUUUUUUGUUUGUUUUCGUGCAUGCACAGUUCUAUUUUCUCCGUGCUGUGGGGGUUAAUUCCCCUGCAGCACGUAGUCUAUUAAAAGAAAGUACAGAAAAGGUAAUGCAUUCGGUUUAUAUUUCGUAUGUAGGGAUUUCGUUUACGUUUUAGUAAAUGAAUUCAGGGAAAAAAACGAAUUGUUUGACGAAAUCUUAUUUGUACCAAAACGAAUGCACAUGUCUAGUUUGUAUGUAUGCUUAAAAGUUGCGUGUUUUUUUUCCCCCAGAGUCUGUUUUGUGCUAUGUAAUGAGUAAUCUAAACACGUCUUUCACAGGGUUACAAACCACCAGAUGAAGGCCCGUCAGAGUACCAGACAAUUCCUUUAAACAAAAUUGAGGAUUUUGGGGUGCAUUGCAAACAGUAAGUGUGUCUGCACUAUCAAAGCCACUAUCACAUUCCUUUGUAUAGGAGGAGAUGCACUGACGAUGUUCUGUUUAGCUCUUUUACACCAAUCAGAUGAUCCUAUGUUGCUCCAGUUUUCUUCUAGAACUUAUGCACUAAAGUGAGACCUUGGUGUGCCUUUCUAGAAUAGAUUCCAGAGAGUUUUUUUUCUCACCAGAGUGUGCAAUGUCAAUGACCAAAUGUUGAUGUUUAUACUCUGAUCUGCUCAAACAUGAUGUUUUAAAAUCCAGAGAUCGAUUCUUCUCAUAAAAGUGUUACAACUUCAAAUUGGCAUAUCUUUUAAUCUUAUUGAUGGCAAAUGAAUGAAUAUCUGCAUAAAUUCAUAAUGAAUGCUUUCAGUUUACAGAAAAUCGAUUUAAAAACCUUGCAACAUGGUUCUCUAAUGCCUUGUCUAUUUGUCUAUUAAUUAACCUAUGCAUAAUGCUUAUCAUAUUCUAACAGUCUGCUUUUGUGAUUUCCAGAUAUUAUGCCUUGGAGGUUACAUAUUUCAAGUCUUCCCUAGAUCGCAAGCUACUUGAGCUUUUAUGGAACAAGUAUUGGGUUAAUACACUGAGUUCUUCCAGCUUGCUAACUGUAAGUGACCGACAAGCUAAAUCACUCAAAGCAUGUGUAACCGGUUACUGGUCAGCACUAUAGUCUAACUCCUCACUUGGAAUUGAUAAAAGGAAUUCUAUAGUGUUAGGAAUACAACGUUGUAUUCCUUGCACUAUACUUGCCUAUGGACCAGGUCCAGUGUAAAAAUGCAUAAUUAAAUGCAUGCAUGUUUUGAUAUGGGUUGUAUCUACUAAACAGUCAUAUUUAUUUUUGGCAGUGGAGUGUCCUUUUUAACAGUAACCUUUUUAAAGCAACACUGUCCCACAGUACUUGCCUUUUCCCAAUCUCUUCCUCUUUUGUAUUCUAGUUUUUUAAAUUUUUCAUCCAUUUUUAGAAUAUUUUGUCUUAUGUACUUUUCCUAUGCAUGACUUUCUUAGACACUGGGCAGAGCUACCGCCGUCUGGAAGUGUCAAUUUCCUCAGGCAAUUGGCUCUGUUUAUGGUGGUACCCGCGGUCUCACAUGAUCCUAAAUGAGAGUACAGCAAGGACAUCAAUCAGCUCCUGGUGCUGAAGCACCAGGAGCUGAAGAGGACCCACCAGAGAAAGAAGGAACCCACGAGGGACAGGUUCAGGUAAGUAGAACUGCAAGUUCUAUUGCCAGCAUUCUGGGCGCACUGACGACAGAGGUAUUUUAUGCAGAAUUUACAUUUGGCAGUCCAGAAUACAGUUUCAGGUUGCCAAAGUCACAUGUGCCAGGGGUGUAAUCAACCCUCGGCACAAAAUUGCAGUUCACUCUAUAUGUACAACAUUUCAGGUAGAAACACUAAGUACUGAAUCCCACCUCCAUGACCACUUUAAUUCACAGAAGUGGUCAUGAUGGGACAAGUUGGAGUAACCCUUAAACUAAAAAAAAAAAAAAGCAAAACACUAUUUUAUAGUGGGUAAAGUAUUUGCAGGUCCAAGGAUGAUUUGGAAGGGUAUUAAAAAGAGGUCUAAGGAAAUAGGAGAGUGCUUCCCAAUGGAUGGUCCAGCGUUGUAUAUUGGUGAGUUGUUUUAAAAAUAAUGAAAUAAUAACAGUAUGUAAAAUAGCUAGAUACAGGAGUGCUAGCCUCCUUGUCCCAUUGCUCAAUAUCCCGUGCAUAACAGACCGGAAAGGAUUUUGGUUGUUUCAGAAUCACAAAUUGUGCUGAAAAUAGUUUCCCUAGUGGUGUGGGUUUUUGUUUUCUAUAGUAUGCUUUUAGAAAACAGUCAUUUGCUGUACUUUAUUUUUGUGACAAGGGCAGGUCGCUGGGUCAUUGACCUCACUAAUUAUUACUGACCUUGGCUCUAGCCCAAAGCCCCUCUGUUCCCGUACUUGGGUAAAUGCCUAUUUUUUAGUUUCUUACUCUGUUUGUUUAAACGUCUACAUAGUAGUCCUCAGUGGAGUAUUAUUAUUAUUAUUAACUGAGCGUUGUUUGCCAGUAUGAGAUUAACAAGUUUAUGUAUCUUGAUUUAGAUUUUAUCUUGAUUUUGCUAUGCUAGUUUCUGUCCCAAGUCUACAACAGUAUUGAGGGAUUUUUGUUUAAAGCUAGAGUAGAAUUACUAAGCAAUUGACCUUCCUCUGCAAUAAAGCCAUAGAUUCUUACUUUUUGUAGUUUGUUGUAAACCUUGCAAAACCGAGCUCCCACUGCAUCACAUGUAAUUAAUCUGUUGUCCCUCAUGGCAACAGGAAUAGUAACUGAAUACUUGGCAUGAAUACUUCUCCUCUUCUCAUUAAUGAUGUAAAAUUACUGAAGAUUUUGUGACAUUAAAAGAAAAGUUACUUCCAGUUUAUUGGAAAUAUUCAUGUUGCUUUGCUGUUUUGACCAACAAGUCCUUGUUUCUUUACUACUAACAGUGGAAUUAAACAGCGGGCUUAAUAGUGCCAGUUUUGCGUAACCUAACAUUUUGGUAACAUUUCUAUUUUUAUGGACUGAGACAUGAAUCUGAUACAAUGAAAAUGUCGUCUUGCAUUUCUAUUGUAGACAUAUGUAAUAAUUAAAUAUGUUAUGGAGGUUAUAUAACGAUGUAUCUAACUUCUACAAAUAGCGCACACUCUUCCUGUGCAAUCUUAUUGGCCUAUUUUAUCUAUUUCACAUUACCAAAUGCUCAUAGCCUAUCAUUGUUUUCUGAAUUUGGCACUAGGGAAGGCGAGCUUCAAAUGCUGGGAGAAAGCCAGACUGUAGCCAUACUUACAGCAUAACCUCUACUAUCACUGUUUUUAGUGUUUAAACAAUUGUUUGUUUAUUUAUUUUUUAUAUACAUACUCUGGAGCUUAACCAUUUUACUGUCUCCCUCUCCAAUUUGGAGAAAUGUAAUAACUCGAAAACUGGAAUAGCUAAAUUUUAAGCUAAAAAGCUUACAAAUCUUUCCAAUAAGGCAAAUUGUUUAGCUUUUUCUAAAUCAUUUUCAUUAUUUAAAGGGUAGUAUGAUGAUUGCCUGUAAUUUGACUCGCGCUCUCCAGCAGCCACAUCAUAGUCAAGUUGCACAAUAUAACUGUUUACGGGCCAGUAGCUGUGCAAGGCUUGGUAAACACGUGUAAUGCUACUUUACUUUUGCUCAACAUACACCUUCUAGUCUCCCUCUUUGCAAGGUCUUGCUUGGUAUGUACAGACAAACCAAACCUAUUUAGAGGAGAGCUUUACAAAGGAGGGCAAUAGCAUUUAAGAGCUGUAUUUAUUAAGGCUGUUGUGGUCACAGCAAACAGUAUGAGGCGUGCAGAGUGAUUGGAUCACAUUCCCUGCCUUUUCUCACAACGUGGACUGACUUUAGUUAAACAUUGUGCGUUUAGAAUGGUAGAAAGCAUGGCUAAUGUACAUUAAUGCCUAGGUAAACACUAUGCUGUAGUUCCUUAUCCUCCAUAUUAUUGCAUCCAUGUACUGUGCACACUUUAAAUGGAUUAGAGAUGUCACAGUGCUACUGAACUCAAUAUAGAGUCUUUGGUCCAUAUUUACGCUUUCAACUCUUGAUUAACUGAAUAGUUUGUAGAUGUGUGUCAAUCAGCUAGUGAAAUAGCCCUGUGAUGCUCAACAAAUGGUCCUGGUAGAAUAAGUAUGUUUUCCUGAGCAUCACAAGAGCUGUAGUUCCACAACUAUGGGAUAAGUAUGUUGGAUAAUUUGUGUACAUUUAAUAUGAUUACUCAAAACAGGAAGCCUUUAGAAGUAUGUGUUUUGUGUUUUGUUUUGUUUUUUUGGGGGGGUUUUUUUUGCUAACCUAACUGAAACACACUUGGAACUACAACUGGGCAGUGUAUUAUUGUAAUUUUUUUGGGCUAUUCAUUUACUGGUUUAUUGUUAAUAUAGGUCGAAUUUAAGGGGAGCGGGAAAUGUAAUAUAAAUAAAAUAUAUAUAUAUAUAUUGUGUGUAUUUUUUUCCAUGUCUAAGUUUUCUCUUGUUUUGUAUAUCUUUUCAGAAUGCAGACUAUACAACAGGGCAGGUAUUUGACUUGUCAGAAAAGCUUGAGCAGUCCGAAGCCCAGCUUGGCCGGGGAAGUUUUAUGUUGGGAUUAGAAACUCAUGAUCGAAAAUCUGAAGACAAACUGGCCAAAGCAACCAGAGACAGGUAUAUAACAAAUUAUAUAUACACAUUAAUUGGUAUUAAAGAUGAUCUAAUUCAUAACCCGUUCUCUGUACCGUCUACUGAGGUUUAAUAGAUUUAAUAGACCUCCUAUCAUUUAUGCAAUGCAGGAAGGAAAAAUCUUGGAGACAAUUAGGCUGGGUUUACUUUUUGCCCCAAUGCUAUAUAUGCAAAUACCAAAACAAUAAAUUAAAAAUAAAGAUUUUCUAUUUAUUUUUAUUUUUUUUACAUUUGAAGUUAUGCAGUUUUCCAGACUUGCUCACUUAAGUGUCUACAGCACUGCUGAGCUUAUCGUAUAAUCAGUUCUUUAUUUUCAGUUUCUUAAAGUUAUACAUGUAGAGCUAGUGACGGUAUAGUACCCUAGUACUGUAUCUGGGAGGGUAGCUUAAUUGAGCAGCAUGUAACUUUAAACCCAUGUCUGUUUCUCCUUUACAACUGUAAGAGGGCUUGGAGCUAAUGUUGGGCCACUUUCUAUGACGUACUUAAAGUAAUUCUUCCAUUUCAUAAUAAAGGAUGUGAAAAUGAAAAUCCAGCGCACUCGCUUAUCUACUAAACAGUCAUUUUAAUGCUGAACAAUUUUCAGUUUUAUUAAAAACACCUAAUCUAGGCAAAAAAAUAUAAUGGGGGUUUAGUUACAGUAUAUGAUCAUACAUUGCAUAAGCCUGCCACAACACCAAUGUACCCCAUCUUUGGCAGGUCCUACUCUGUCUGCUAAAUGAGCUUCUCACUUGGGGAAAUCCUUCCAUCUCGAGGUCUCUGCAGUACAAUGCUUAAAUAGGAUCCUGAGGUUACAAGUGCCUCAUCUCAGGAUCCUAUUUAAGCAUUGUACUGCAGAGACUGUUUAGUAGAUAAGCGAGUGCGCUGGAUUUUCAUUUUUACUGUACUUAUUGGCCCCCAGCAGCACUCUAACUUAGCAUGUGUAAGUGAGUGCAGCCAAACCCUUAUUUUCUCAUAAUAAAGGAUGUGGGAAUAUAUAUAUGGAGUAAGAUACCACUAUAUAACCACAUUCUCUGUACCUGUCUCUAAUGUUAUUAAGGAGUCCAGAGGAUUGUCAUUCUGUGAAUUAUUAUUUAUUUAUUUUUUCUGACUGCUUAUGCAGUGAAGAGGCAUCUUAAUUUUUCUAAUUUGUUGAUUAAUCCCUGAGUUUUGUUGUUGGUUAUUUUGUCAAACACUGCUAGUAAUAUGGCUUUACACAAUUUUAUUGCAAUUUUGUAUUGUGAGCUUUAUUUUUGCGGUUGUAUAAUAAUCAUGAUUUGGCCUGCAUCUAUUUCAUAAUGCAGUUGCCUACUAGCUAUUGAAGUUGUUCUAGAUAAUAACUAAUGUUCCAUGCUCCACUUGUUGGGUCUAUUUUCCCAUUACACUAUGCCAACUGUAGAGUACGUUUUUAGAAUAUGUUUUGCAAUCUGUCAUCUGAUUUACUGUCUCCUGAUUCAGGACCUUGCUAUUAAUAAAAUGCACAUCUUGCCCUAUGAUUGCUCUAAUCUAGUGUUUUUAUUUUCAGCUGUAAAACAACGAUUGAAGCCAUCCAUGGAUUGAUGUCUCAAGUGAUUAAGGAUAAAUUGUUCAAUCAGAUAAACACAGCAUAAACCCUUGAUUCUAAUGUCCUGUUCUCUGACACAUCAAGUUUUGUUAUGUCGCUUCUUUUAUGUGGAAGCCAGAAAAUGUCUUCAAUUUAGCACUUAUCUCCUACUGUAACGGAGACAAUAAUACAUUGUGUAGUAGGACAUUGCAACAUCUCCACUUUACAACUGCGAAACAUGAACAUCUUUGGUUCUGGAUAAAUAAAGUAAACCUUUUGGAAUUGUACAUUGGUUUCCCAUUUUUAUGCUCUUCCUGUUUUAUGUUUUGUUGGUUUUGGUUUGUGUGUGUUUUUGUUUUUUGUGUUUUAAUCUUGGUAAAUUUUAAACGAAUUUAGAACACGAAUUAUUUUCAUGGGCUCUGGAUUGGAUUUUAAUAGCAAAUGACAUUUUAAAAAGACAAAGAUCCCUUUUCACAAACUGAAACCUAAGCUGGCUUUAUAAUAUCGAUGCAUGUUUCAGUUGAUUACAAUUAUUGCAUGGGUAUCUACUAUCUGAAGGUGUUUUCAAUCACUUUACCCUGUUCAUGAAUUGGACCUGAGCUGUAACAGACAAGCACAUUCUAAGCAUUAGAGACCAUGACAUGUUUAACAUAGAAACCCCCUUUUCUUUUAUGUUACACAAAUACUGAAGGGGCAAAGAGAUCCUUUAACUAAUAGCAAGGGUGAGGAUUUCACUUCUACCACAUGAAGCAGAAUAACGUGUUAAGUGUCCCCCAUUAAACCUGUUUAUUGAAAUGUCACACUCAUUUGUUUUUUUACACUUUCAUUCUUUCACUGUUUUUUUUUCUUAUUGUCAUUCCUUUUCUUACUCUUU